CCUGGUUUUGCUCAAUACUUUUUCUUACUGCGGGCUCUCAAUUCGUGUUUGUAGUUUGCCUGUUUUUGCCUUUGCAAACAAGUCGUCUCCUCUGAAGGACAUAUUGCUUUACUUCGAAGCAAUACCUUUUUAUUCUUUUAAGGGGCCGUUUUGUGAAUACACUCGAAGAGGAGAUAGAAGAAAGUAGAGUCAAAGAAGAAGAAAACACCGAAACCUGGAGGAGGAAAAGGGCGUUCAUACUUCGAAGUAACCAUGGAAGUUCCUGGUAUGCAGAGUUCUCAGAUUGAUCCAGAGGAGUUGUUCACUAAAUUGGACAGAAUUGGAAAAGGAUCUUUUGGAGAGGUGUUCAAAGGCAUUGAUAAUCGCUCUCAGAGCGUCGUUGCCAUUAAGACAAUUGAUCUGGAGGAGGCAGAGGAUGAGAUCGAGGAUAUCCAGCAGGAGAUCACAGUGCUCAGUCAGUGCGACAGUCCUUACAUCACAAAAUACUACGGCUCCUACCUAAAGGGCAGUAAAUUGUGGAUUAUCAUGGAGUAUCUUGGUGGAGGUUCAGCGCUUGACUUGCUGCGAGCAGGUCCUUUUGAUGAGCCACAGAUUGCAACCAUGCUGAAGGAGAUCCUGAAGGGGCUUGACUACCUACAUUCUGAGAAGAAGAUCCACAGAGACAUCAAAGCUGCCAACGUCCUGCUGUCGGAGCACGGUCAGGUGAAGCUGGCUGACUUUGGAGUGGCUGGUCAGCUGACUGAUACACAGAUCAAGAGGGAAACCUUCGUGGGAACGCCGUUCUGGAUGGCGCCUGAGGUCAUCCAGCAGUCUGCUUAUGACUCCAAGGCGGACAUUUGGUCACUGGGCAUCACAGCCAUCGAGCUCGCCAAGGGUGAACCUCCAAAUUCCGACAUGCAUCCCAUGCGAGUGCUCUUCCACAUCCCCAAAUCUCCUCCUCCAACGUUGAACGGAGAUUUCUCCAAGAGCUUCAAAGAGUUCACCGAGGCUUGCCUCAACAAGGACCCUGCCUUCCGCCCCACAGCCAAAGAGCUGCUGAAACACAAGUUCAUCAUCAAAUACUGUAAGAAGACGUCCUACCUCAGCGAGCUGAUUGACAGGUACAGGCGGUGGAAGGAAGAGGGACACAGCGGCAGCAGCUCCGAUGACUCCGACAGUGAAUCCAGUAAUAAAGAGAACAACGAGUGUCCUGAGUGGUCGUUUACCACAGUGCGUAAGAAGAAGACAGACGAAAGGAAAGUUCUGAACGGGACGAGUCAGGAUCAGCUGAGUAAAUCUACCAGUCUGACCACAGUCAUUUCCCCAGUCUUCACUGAGUUGAAGCAGCAACACAAAGAGGACUCUGAGCAGAGAUUGGCUAUUGAGGAACUGGAGCACAAAAUUCGUUUGGCUGAAGACAUGUGUCCAGGGUUCACAGACAGGAUGGUCACACACAUAAUUGCCAAGUACCAAAAAUUCUCAACAAAUUGAGGGAUGGAAAGAUGGAUCAAUAAAAGGAAAAUGAGAAGAGACUAUCUCCAUAUGGUAACGCUGCUGGAUGAUAAAAACAGGAGAUUUGCUGUGCAAUGUCUCCUUGCUGUACAUGCAUUUCUCAGCACACAAACACACUAAUAAUAUAAUAUAUACACUAUAUUUUAUAUAUCACUGCUGUUGAUUGAGGCCAUUUAGUUUGAUUUGAAAUGCCAUCAUGUGCCUUUUUCCUUUUUUUCUUUUGUAUUUUUUCUUUUGUAUUUUCCUUUUUUCUUUUUUUGCUAUCAUUUUCUAAGAGAAAAUGUUUUGUAGAUAUUUUAUUCCAAACCACACAAGGAAAUAUAACAGACAAGAGGGCCCUUGUCCACCAGCAGUAAUAUCCCCUCUUUUGUAUCAUGACUUUGACUGUAGAUGUUUGUGUUUGUUCUGUAGCACUUGAGACAUUAUAUGCCAAUAUUGAAUUUAUGUAGUUUUUUUUCAGUAAUGCUGUUUAAUUAAAGUUUAAUGAUCCAAUAAUUCAGUUUAGGUCAAGGUUUUCCCUCUAAAUAUAACAGUUUUCACAAAGAAUAAAGUCUGGAAUCGAUGUUUGUAGUAGAGGAGAGUAUCAUCUUUAGUUAGAAAUCUCUGAAGGGACUUUUAAACAUUCAAGUAGAAAAAUCUGCCAUAAAAUUGUACAAACUGGGAAAUUUGUGAAACAAUUUUAUGGACAUGGUUUCCUUGGGAGAGACUUCCCUGGUUCAGUGUGCAGACUGAUUUUUUGGGUGACUUUUUUGGACUUUUUUGGAAGCUACCACAAACUAGCUGGGCUAGACAGCUACUAGCUUGCUAACCUGUGAGCUAGCUAGCUAUUGUAGGUUCCAAAGUAAUUAGCAGCAUUAAAGUUGACUUGCUAGGGAAGAAAUUAAAAUUAUUAAAUGUUAACUAUGGCUUAUUAUUAAAAAAAAAACAAAACAAAAAAAACGUAUGUGUAGGUUUUUUCAAGUAAGAUUGCUGUUGAAAAA